AUUUCUCUAAUCACGCGCGACGCUUUACUUUCCAACCUUUUCUCACCCUUAUAUAAUAAUCCCCACUCACCUCUUCUUCUCAUAACAUAACAACAACUUAAUUUUAAAAUCUCUUCUUCUAAAACAAUAGCUUAAACUCUGGAAAGCGCUUAGAAAAAAAAACUUUCCAUAGCUGUAUACAAUGGCUCGCUUUUUCUCUUUCGCUGACGUUAAGGUUGUCUCUACUAUCAUCCUUGACGGUUUUUCCAACACUCUUACAAGACGAGGUUACGCUGCGGCAACGGAGAGAGCAACGAGGGGAGGAGUUGGGUCUAUUGGAAACAAGAUGGGACCCACAAAGUUAGGAGAAGAGAAAAUGGUUUCGGUUUAUAAGGUUUCAUGGGUUCCAGAUCCUGUCACUGGUUACUAUAAGCCUGAGAACAUUAAGGAUACUGAUGUCGCUGAUUUAAGCGCUAAGCUGCUUCGGAAAAAUCUUAAGAACUAAUUUCAAGUUUUUAACUUAUUCUACGGUGGAUUUAAUGAGCUUUUGGGAUCGAUUUUAGAUGGCUUAUCAUAGCCUCGACUGAUUCUGUUGAUUGUGAAGAUCUUACUAGGUUCAUUUCAAUUGUCUAUUGAUGAUAUAUUGGCAGUUGAUACUUUCUAUUGUAAACUAGAAGAAUGAUAUUUUCUUUUAUAAUCUUUCUCACUAUAAGUUAUAAUUAUUUUUUUUA